UAAAUUUCCACCUGUAGAACAGAGCGAAGUGACGCAGGACAGCAGUCAUGUUGGGCUCCUUGGUCCUGACUUGGAUUUUCAUCUGUCUCCUCUUCCUCUUCAUCCGGAUCCAGAGGCCCAAGAACUUUCCUCCUGGACCCCGGCCUGUGCCCAUAUUCGGGAACCUGUUUCAGCUGAACAUCACCAAUCCUCUAAAAGACUUUGAGAGGUUGGCUGAGUGCUAUGGAAACAUUUACAGUCUCUAUAUCGGAGGAACACCUGCUGUCGUCCUUACUGGUUUUAAGGCUAUAAAGGAAGCUUUAGUGACCAAGGCUGCAGACUUUUCAGGACGCCCACAAAACCUCCUGGUCAGCCAUGCAACAGAAGGGAAAGGAGUUAUCAUGGCUGAUUAUGGUCCUGGAUGGAAGGAGCAUCGACGCUUUGCCCUCAUGACCCUGAGGAACUUUGGCCUGGGGAAGCAGUCAAUGGAGGACAGGAUUCUGGGAGAGACUAAGCACAUUGUUUCACGCCUAGAAAAAAGUGCUGGACGCUCCAUGAAUCCUCAGACUUUGUUCCACGAUGCUGCAUCAAACAUCAUCUACCUGGUUUUAUUUGGUACUCGCUUUGACUACGAGGACGACACCCUCAAGAAGUUUAUUCAUCUCUUCACUGAAAAUGCAAAAAUCGCCAACGGAACCUGGGGAAUGAUCUAUGAUACACUUCCUAUGGUGAGAAACCUGCCCCUUCCCUUUAAGAAGGCUCUCGAUAACGUUCAGAAACUGAAGCAAAUGGCAGCAAAGUUGAUCAACAAGCACAAGACAACAAGAGUGCCAGGAGAGCCAAGAAACUUUGUUGACUGCUAUCUGGAUGAGCUUGACAAGACAGCUGAUGGCUCUUCCUUUGCUGAGACUCAGCUUUUGAUGUAUGUUCUGGAUCUGCACUUUGCUGGGACUGAUACCACCUCCAACACUCUCCUUACAGCGUUCCUCUACCUUACAACACAUCCAGAUAUUCAGGAGAGAUGUCAGAAAGAGAUUGAUGAGGUUCUGGAGGGUAAAGCUCAUGCAUCUUUUGAGGACAGACACAACAUGCCGUACACACAGGCUGUAAUCCACGAAUCUCAGCGCAGGGCCAAUACUGUCCCUCUGAGUGUGUUUCACUGCACCAGCAGAGAUACUGAACUGAUGGGUUACAGCAUCCCAAAGGGUACUCUCAUCAUCCCCAACCUCUCCUCAGUGCUGAGUGAGGAAGGCCAGUGGAAGUUUCCUCAUGAGUUCAAUCCAGCUAACUUCCUGAAUGAUGAGGGACAGUUUGAGAAGCCAGAGGCCUUCAUGCCGUUUUCUGCUGGGCCUCGUAUGUGUCUUGGUGAAGGUCUGGCUCGAAUGGAGCUCUUCCUCAUCUUGGUCACUCUGCUGCGCCGGUUUCAGUUCUUCUGGCCUGAAGAUGCAGGAGAACCAGACUUCACUCCUGUGUAUGGAAUCACACUCACACCCAAACCAUACAGGAUGGGGGUCAGACUGAGACAGCCAGCUAGAGAAAUGUAGAAUCUGACUUUCUCUCGAAUAGUUUUGCUGGUGUGUGAUUUACUGAUAAUGAACUGUAUCUUUAGUUCCCUUUGGUUGACGAUUGUUAUGUAAUACUCUACUACAGUACGAGAGGUAACUUUCCAUUCUUUUCAUCACUGUUUGACCUUUGUCACUCUGGCUAGGUAUGAUCCAGGGAAUGAUAUGCUACCUUUUGCAGAACAGAGUGUCUCAGGAGAUGAUCCUGAGCCUUAGCUUAUUCUACCAUUUUCAUUAUUGGUGAAAGUGACAUCAAUGUAGCUUUGAAUGUUAUGGUAUGGUAUUGUACUUAAUGGAGUAUGGUAGCAAUAUUAAUAAGGGAUUUGUUAUAAGGAUGAGCUAUUUCUGAGUCAGGGGGGACUUCAGAGGUCAGAGGGGAAGACACCUCAACCCUAAAGAAAGCAGAUGGAACAGAGGUCACGCACAAACAUUGAGUCUAGACUGAAAGAUGAACCAUAAGUGUUAAACUUUUUUUUUAUUUUAUAUUUUUGUUAUGUUCUUUUUAAUUAAAUUCAUUGUGGUAAUCAUCAUAAAACUAUUCUUGUUAUUGUUCUAAAUAAAUCUGACAAGGAUGAUUUA